AUUGCAUUUAAUUUCACCAUGGUCUUGGUCAUUACUUAUCUGACGCGUGUUCGACGCCGCUGACAGGGGAUGCGUUAAGGAUUGGAGUAUGGUUCAUUUCUGGGAUAAUUAUGAUUUAUUUUCAGGGAUUGGUUUCCUUUGGGUUUUUUCUUUUGUUUUCUGGAGGGAUUCCCAGAUAAGUCUUUUUUUUCUGUUAUUUUUUUAUUUUUGUUACCCCAUCGAUAUAUCGAUACUGUAUGUAAUACCGGCCCAAAGAUCGACCGGCCCGAUCCGGAGGGUCAGCAGGGCAAGACGUGAUGAAUUUGGACGUUUUCAGAUAGAGAAAAAAAAAACAGCAAUAGAAAUGAUUGUUACUGAUGAGUCACUCCCUCUGGAUAGAAAGUGAUGGCAGCCCAGCUGUCGUGGAGGUGUCGGGGAGGAAAAUAACCUUCGUCAGGAACCGUAACGGAGGCAGAUCAGGACAGCGUCAUGGCGGCCCGAUAAGAAACACUGAUGGACCCCCGUUGAACCCAUUGGACCCAUUGGACUCGUUCGACUCG